AUGAAGAUCGUCAGCAGCAGUCUCGCUCUUGCCUCGCUUGUGGGACCUGCCCUAGCAGGUGCGAUCUACACUCUGAACGAGUGCGUUCGUGGUGAAGGCUUCUACGACUCCUUCAAUUUCGAGAAUAUCACUGACCCCACCAAGGGGCGUGUGACGUAUGUCAACCGAACAACGGCAGAGAGCCUCAACUUGACCUAUGCCACGAGUGAUACCUUCAUCUUGCGCGCAGACGACACCACGGUUUUGAACGUCAAUGACACAGGCCGGAAUUCGGUCAGGAUUCGGUCCAAUCAGCGGCACCAUGAGCAUGUUGUUGUCUUUGACAUACAGCACAUGCCCGAAGGAUGUGGAACAUGGCCUGCUAUCUGGGAAACUAAAGAGUCCGGUUGGCCUGCCGGUGGUGAAAUCGAUAUCCUCGAGGGUGCAAACAAUGUAGUGCCUAACCAGUCGACACUCCAUACUAGCCACAAUUGCUCCAUGCCAAAUAACACUCUCCAAUCAGGAACCUUUAUAACAACCAACUGUGACGCUUCAGUCGCUUACAAUAUUGGGUGUGCUGUGAAGCUCACUCAAGACGAUAACAGUUUUGGUCCAGCAUUCAACAACAUUGGCGGAGGAUGGUAUGCUAUGGAACGCACACUUCACUAUAUCAAGGUUUGGUUCUGGGAGAGACAAGACCCAUUUGUUCCCUUGGACGUUAGCAGUGGUGCAUGGAUGAUCGACACUGACAACUGGGGCAUCCCUGCCGCCUACUUCCCUAAUAACACCGAGUGUGACAUCCAGUCUCACUUUGGAGCCAACAACAUUAUCAUUGAUCUGACGUUCUGCGGCAGCUGGGCAGGCAACGCGGCUCUCUACAAUGCUUCUGGAUGUCCUUUAGACUGUGAGACUUAUGUCAACAACAACCCUACCGCGUUCACAAACGCCUACUUCCAGAUCUCGUCCAUGAACGUCUACAAAUAG